AUGAUCUCUCUCCUAUGUAACUCCUCCGCAGAGAAUCGUAACCCCGAUCUCCUCACCAUGUCCGACGACCACCCCUGCUCUCCGAUCCAUUCCAAUUCCUCUUCCCCUGACAAGACGCACAACACCCAAAACAACGAAAACACUCACAAUACCCAAAACACAAACACCCAAAGCACCGAAAACAAGAACACUCAAAACAACAGCAAUAAUGAUAGUAACAAUAAUUUUGUGAGGAGAGAGAGGCCAUCGAGGGCGUGUACGGCACGCUCUGCGGCGCGGUUAUACGAGGCGGCAGCGGCGGAGGCAGCAGUGGCCACUGCCGAGCGGAAGCGGAAAGCUGCGGCGAGGAAAGAGCGGUUUCCGCCUCCGAAAGAAGAGGAGUCGCCACCGCCAUCGCCGUCUGCCUCGCCACAAUGCAGCAAAAUCGUGACACAGCUGGUGGUGGAGCCAGAGCCGUCACAGUUGCCACGGUGGAGCCUCCGAUCAAUGUGGGAAUUGGCUUCAAUACUCAAUUUUCUCAAUGUUUUUAGGCAUCUUUUGAAUAUUAAAGUGGAGUUCUCGGCGGAGGAAUUCGAGACAGCGCUGAUCAUGCCCAAUGAUACUUUGGGUGACAUACAUAUACCAUUGUUGAAGUCGAUCCCUCCUAUUACUCGAAUGGCACUUGGACACAACACUUGGGUAACUGUUUUAUGCAGAAAGUUGAGAGAUUGGUGGCAUUGGGUUGCAAAUGGGGAACUACCCAUAGUCGCAUCCCAUGGGGCUGAGGUUGAAGCAUAUAAUGCACUUGAUCCUGGGGUUCGGGUGAUGAUCUUAAAAGCGUUAUGUGAUAUCCGUGUUGAGCAAGAAGAUAUUCGGAACUAUAUAGACAACUCAAUAAAACACGGUGUUCAUCUUUCAGCAUUUCGAAAAGAACGUAUUGGGGGUGAUUCUCAUGGAAUAUCUUAUUGGUAUGAAGAUGAUCCUAUCAUUGGUCAUCGGUUGUACCGAGAGAUUAGAAAAGUGGAGGUUAAGAAAGGAAAGGGAAAAAAUGUACAUCGUAUUCCUAAUUCAUCUUACCAGUGGGAAACCGCUGCAACAAGUUUGGAUGAAUUUCAAGAUGUUUCUAGGGAAGAAAAUAGGAGCUUUCAAGUGAUUUCUGUUGUGGGCUCCUUUGACAAGUGUCCAGCUGUGGAUUGA